AUGCUAUCUUCCUCGAAUAAACGAAUCAAAAAAAGGGCAUUGGUUGAGCAAGAAGUUGCAGUUGGAACUCACAUCAAUCGUAUUGGAGCUCUGUUACUUGAGAAAAGAAGUUUGGAAACAAAAUGCUCUAUUGAUUGUAAUUUUGUAUGCAGUGACAAUAACCUGAUAAUUGCAUCGAAACGUCGGAAAACGCAAAAUGACAUGAGAAGGAAUGAAAGCAGGUUUAUAGCAAUUGAUGGAACUGUUAGUUUUGAUAAUGACGAAGUAUGGCACAUUGGAAUUCAAUCGAAUAUGAAACCUUAUGCUGGUUCGUUACAUUCAUUAAAUGUCAUAUGCCCAUCAACAUCUGCAUAUACGUUUUGUUCAGUACCUGGCAGAUUGUCAUUGCUAUGCGCAUCUAGCAAAUACAAAGUUAGCGUUGCAGAGUUAGCUCGGAGACUUUCACCGCCAGAAUCAUUGAAUUCAUCUUUAUUGGGUGGAUUAUUAAGAAGGGCUAAAUCAAAGAAUGGUGGACAAACUUUGCGUGAGCAACUUGAAGCAAUUGGAUUGAAGUUGCCAGCAGGGCGUAAGAAGUCGGGAAAUAUUACGUUACUAACAUCAUUAGUUGAAGGCGAAGCAGAGCAUCUGGCAAAAGAUUUUGCCAAUGCAUGUUUAACAGAAUUUCCCGCGAAAUUAAUUGCUCAACUGGAAAUGAAAAAAUGUGAUACCAUGUCCAAUGUAGAACUGGAAAAAGAAAAAGAAAGAUUUCAGACCGCAAAACAAUUGCUUUUGGGUUUCAUGGAUAUACUGAGGCAAGAUACCACUCUGCUCCUGGCAAAUAAUGGCAGUAAAAUACAGAUUUCUAUGGAGCGGUUUUCCUUGAUAACCCAUACAUUUGGCACACCAGCUAUUUUGGCAGGAUUGUCAACAUUUCUGGUUUAUAUUCAGGAAUCGCUGAAUAUACUGUCACAUCGGAGCGAAGUGACAGCAUUUUAA